AUGGUUUGCAGGCAAGUAUUGGGAUCUCUCAUCUGCCUGUUUGUUGUUGCUGCAUCUAUCUGCUCCAUGAAGCUCCAAUGCACAGAGGAGAAGCUGAUCCAGCUUUUCCCCCAACUAUUCUAUCAGCAGCCAAGAGUGCUGGCUCCAAAGCGCCAGGACGUGCUGACAGUCACACCAUGGCUGGCCCCCAUCGUCUGGGAAGGAACCUUCCACCCUGAGAUCUUGGACAGUGUCAGGCCACUGAAGCUCACCAUAGGGGUGACAGCCUUUGCCAGUGGGAAGUACAGGAGCUUUGUGCCACGCUUCUUGGGGUCAGCAGAGGAGCACUUCAUGAAGGCUCAGGUGAACUAUUACAUCUUCACUGACAACCCAGAGACAACUCCCAGUGUCCAGCUGCAGCCUGGAUGGAGGUUUGUUGUCAUCCCCAUCAAGAAACAAUGCAGCUGACAGGAGAUCUCCAUGCACAGGAUGGAGGCCAAGCACAGAGCAGAGGUGAGCCAUCAGGAGGUGGAUUACCUCUUCUGCCUGGGCAUUGACAUGGUGCUCUACAGUGCCUGGGGGCCUGAGACCCUGGGGUUUGCAGUAGCAGCCAUGCACCCUGGCUACUUCAGUGUCCCUCAAAGCCAGUUCCUUUAUGAGAGAAGGAGCUCCUCAGCAGCCUACAUCCCUGAGGGAGAAGGAGACUUCUGCUACAGAGGAGCUGUGUUUGGAGGGCUGGUCAAGAAAGUCUGUGAGCUCACUAAGGCUUGCCACAUGACCAUCCUGGCAGACAAAGCCAAUGGGAUCAUGGCAGCCUGGCAGGAAGAAAGUCACCUCAACAGGCACUUCUUCUCCCACAAACCCUCCAAGGUGCUUUCUCCAGAGUAUUUAUGGGAUGACAGGAAGCCAAAGCCCCCUGAAAUUCACCUCAUACGUUUUUCCACACUAGAGAAGAACUACAAAGAGAUUUGA